AAAUAUAACUAAACAAAGUCAUUAUAAUUUCCUCACUUUACGCCAAAGUUUGAUUAAACUUCAAUUAUUUUUACUUGUUCUUUAUUUAUCUCCAUUUUUACAACAAUGGUUCUCUCAAAAACUUCCUCUGAAUCUGAUGUUUCUGUACACUCCACCUUUGCUUCUCGCUAUGUUCGAACUUCACUUCCAAGGUUUGAGAUGCCAGAAAAUUCUAUCCCAAAAGAGGCAGCAUACCAAAUAAUUAAUGAUGAGUUGAUGCUUGAUGGCAAUCCAAGGUUGAAUUUGGCAUCAUUUGUGACAACAUGGAUGGAGCCAGAAUGUGAUAAGCUUAUGAUGUCUUCAAUUAACAAGAAUUAUGUUGACAUGGAUGAAUACCCUGUUACCACUGAGCUUCAGAAUCGAUGUGUGAAUAUGAUAGCACGUUUAUUCAAUGCGCCUUUAGAAGAGGAAGAAGCAGCAAUUGGUGUUGGCACAGUGGGGUCAUCAGAGGCCAUAAUGUUAGCGGGCCUAGCCUUCAAGAGGAACUGGCAAAACAAACGCAAAGCUGAGGGAAAGCCUUAUGAUAAGCCCAAUAUUGUUACUGGCGCUAAUGUUCAGGUGUGUUGGGAGAAAUUUGCAAACUACUUUGAAGUGGAAUUGAAAGAAGUAAAGCUAAGGGAAGGGUACUAUGUGAUGGACCCAAUGAAAGCUGUGGAAAUGGUAGAUGACAACACCAUUUGUGUUGCUGCUAUUUUGGGUUCAACUCUUAAUGGAGAAUUUGAAGAUGUCAAACUCUUGAAUGAUCUGCUCAUUCAAAAGAACAAGCAAACUGGAUGGGAUACACCAAUUCAUGUGGAUGCAGCAAGUGGUGGAUUCAUUGCACCAUUUAUCUACCCAGAGUUGGAAUGGGACUUUAGGCUUCCUUUAGUGAAAAGUAUUAAUGUGAGUGGACACAAAUAUGGACUUGUCUAUGCUGGUAUUGGUUGGGUUAUUUGGAGGACUAAACAAGACUUGCCUGAACAACUCAUUUUUCACAUCAAUUAUCUUGGUGCUGAUCAACCUACUUUUACUCUCAAUUUCUCCAAAGGUUCAAGUCAAAUCAUUGCUCAAUAUUAUCAACUUAUCCGGUUGGGCUACGAGGGAUAUCGAAAUGUAAUGGAAAAUUGUCGUGAAAACGCCAUUGUGUUAAGAGAAGGACUUGAAAAAACAGGACGUUUCAACAUAGUCUCUAAAGAUGAAGGUGUCCCAUUGGUGGCCUUUUCCCUCAAGGACAAUAGUCUUCACAACGAAUUUGAGGUCUCUGAGACGCUCCGUAGGUUCGGGUGGAUUGUCCCUGCCUACACUAUGCCAGCUGACGCUCAACACAUCACAGUGUUGCGCGUCGUGAUUCGGGAGGACUUCUCCCGAACCUUGGCAGAGCGUCUCGUCUUUGACAUCGUCAAAGUCCUCCACGAGCUCGACACGCUUCCGGCUAGGUUGAGUGCCAAAAUGGAGGAGAAUUUGGUGAUCAAGAAUAAUAAUGGAAAGAAAACAGAAAUUGAAGUUCAAAGGGAAGUUACUGAUUUUUGGAAGAAGUUUGUUUUAGCUAGGAAAGCAGCUGUUUGCUAGGGAAGGAUUACUUGUUGAAGGAAUAAUGAAGUAUUAGUAGUAACUUUUUAUUAUUAAUUUUACAAAAAUUACCAAUUUUCUUUUUGACUAUCUUGAUGAGUAACUAACAAAAUUUUAUGAAGGAUGAUAGGUGUAUCAUCUUUUGUUCUAUUACGAUUGCUAUGUUACAUUACACCUCUAUUUAUUAUUCUUGUGGAA